CUUCCGGGUUGGUUGCUUUCGUUGACCUGUUGUUGAUGGAAAUUAUCAGCAAGUUUGUAAGAAAACAUGAAUUUAGAUUAAGCAUAACUGUAUAAAUGAAUAUCUACAAAAAUGCCACGAGGGAAGACUCCAAACGGCCCGCUACCUGCAUCAGAGGCAAGCAAUGGUAGCCUUGUCUCAAUUGAAAGCAGAGAACUUCCUUACUUUUAUAGCAAUUUCAGCAAUACAGAUGAGGUUGCAGACUACUUGCUCCAUAAAUCAAAGUCUAAAGUAGGAGUUUUUCUGGUCAGACCAAGUUUUAAAAAUAGAUCUAUGCUAACAGUUUCUGUUGUAGUGGCAGAUAAAACAGUGAGACAUACAAACAUUGUCAUAGAAGGAACAGGUGCUCUAAAAAAGUAUUACCUUGUAAAAGAAAAGAAGUUUGACAGUGUGGAUGAACUCAUUAGGUACUACUAUGAUCAUGAUGUGAAAAACUUGCAGAAAGUCACCCAUGUGCGUUUUCUUUAUCCACUUACACCAGCCAAUUAUCGUCCUAGUGGAUCGUCUUCAGGUGGUUCUUACCACACAAUUAAUAGUCAGGGUUCUGGUGGGGGACGUUCAGCAUGUGUAGGCGUGAAUGAUGAGAAACCGCCUUUGCCUGAAAGAAAUCAUGUACGGAGAGGAAGUCAAGAAAGUUUUAGUAGUCAGAUGUCUGUAUUUACUGAUCAAGGUUCUGUGAGUUCGGGUACUCCUCUUUUUCAUGGCAAUAGCCCCCAUAGUGGACCUAUACCAAUUCCUAAAGGUGCAUCGAGUAAUAGUAUUAAUAAAGAUGGGUCAUUCCAUUCUAACUGGACAUUAGGACCAAGUGGUGAAUCAUUUCCACGGCUGCCGUCUCAAACUACUCUACCUUCACCAACUGAUGACAUUGCUAAACGUCCUCCGCCACCAAUUCCUCUAAUUCCCCAAAGUGACGGAAACCCAUAUUAUUCUGAAGCGAGAAACGUUGAUAAAAGUAUAAAAGAAGAACUGAAAAAAGUCAUACGUGACAGUGAAAGAUGUGACUGUGGAAUUCCAAGAGACAUGUCUGAUUUACCGCUGGGUUGGACAGUACAUCGUAGUAAAGAUGCUGCCACUUAUGGUAGAGUAUUCUUUCAAAAUGAGGCUGGUGUAACAAGCUGGAAACUUCCAGAAGACGUAAAUCGUAAGCUGACUGCACAGCAUCAGACAAAUCUGAAAAAAUUAAAAGUGAUGAAAUUUGAUGAUGAUUAUUUGGAAAGUAACAUACCUCCAGACUUUCUUCCAAGAUCACCAUCAAAUCGCUCAAAUGGAAGUGGAGUAGGAUCUGAUGGCAAAAGAUUUUCUAAUACACAGUUUUGAUUCAUUUGCUUUUAUGAAUAUUUGUAAAUGAUGAAAUGUAUAUUACACCAGGUUUAAAAAUGCCAUUGAAAAUUGAGGAUCUGAUUGUUUCAAAAUUUGAUGCAUUCAUGGUAAUUUUUUCAAAAGAGUACAUAAAAUUAACCCAUUGUGAUUGGUUAACAAGGUUUUAAUUUCUAAUCAAAGAACAUCGAACCAAUGGUAUAGGGUUACCGUUAUCUUCAUUUUUGUUUAUGAACAAUGAAAUUACCCACAAUCCUUCAGAUUUUAUAAUGAUGUAUUGAUGUUCUGUCAGUUCAUGUUAAGGACAUUACAAAUCUAACACGGACAGAAGUUCAAUAAGGGGAAACGUCAAAAACCUGAGAUAUCCAAGUAAUGCAUUCUUGCCAACGAUUCUCAUUCAUUCAGUGUUGAAAUCGGAGUUGAAAUCAUUGGAAAGGUGGUUGUACACUGUCUAACCCUGGAGCUGGGAAAAAUAGUAAUAUCUCUGUCCAUAUCUUCAUGUACCCAUCAAAAAGCUGAGAUGAUAGAACAUUUUUCAAUCUUAGCAUGAGAAUGAAUGACCAAGAAUGCAAUCCAGAUUUUGUUUGAGUGUUUACCAGUUGAUGAAUUUUUCAAUGGUAUUUUAAAUCAUGGUUUACUGGUAGUUGAGAUUGAUUCAAUAUGAUUUUAUCACAUAUUGUAAAGAAAGCAAAGUUUAAUUGAUGUAUUGACUCAACCUUUAUCAUAGUUCUAUUAUAUUGUUAUGGAUCUACAGUAGAUGUCACAUGUCACAAAAUACAAUGGUGUGAUUAGCAUGAAAAAAUAAGUUUGUUAAAUGUAACAAUUACAUUUUCGGUAUGCUUUUUCCAAAGAGCAAGAUUUUAAGGGUAAUAACAUUUACAUCAUAUUACUUUUUUAUAUGGCAUUAGGAAAGCUAAAAGUGGAAAUGGGAGCUUGCAUAAUUAAUGUCUCGUUGUAUUCUUUUUCAUAAUAAUCAUUUAUUCCAACUUUUAUUAGAAAGUUUACUAACAAUUUUCUCAUUUGCAUAUCUAUGUGGCUAAAUAUGGUUAUAAUUAUAUUACUUUAAUAAUGGUGAAAGCUAGAAUUAAGGUCGUAGACCUUGUUUAAAGGAGAUUACUCAUUUAUAAUCAGUACUGUAUUUGUGAUAGAAGGUUUUGUCAAUGCAUUGUUUGCACCUUUCAAACCAACCUUCCCCAUCUUCAAGUUCAAUUGUUGUUCCUAGAGAGAACUAAAGGAGGGGUUAAUCCUAUCUGCUGGAAACCAGCAAUGCAGCCAAGUAAUUGUUUUUACAACUUCACAAAUUUGGAAGGAAAUUAAAUUAUCAGAAAAGAAAUAUAUAUUGGAUCUGUAGAAUAAUAAUCCCAACUAGAUAGUAUUUUUUUCAACAUUUUAUGUAUCAUAUUUAAAAGCAUGUGAUUUGAUAAUAAGUAUACGCUCCUUUUUUAAAAUGCAUAUUUGUUUAAAAUAAACCAGUAUUAUCUUUCACCGAACAUAGUGCUAUUCUAGCUGAAAGCUAAGCCAAAAACUCAGUGUUUAUAAAAUUAACUAAAUGUACUUGGUGCUUUUUUAACUUUUAUAUUUUUUAUCUGGUUACAGCAUUGUAAAGCUACAUAUAAAUUUAAACAGUGUAGGCUGUUAAUGGUACUUUUGCAUAUCAAAUUUGUUAUUGUAUUCUUAAUUUAUUGAUUCUUUUGAAAUACUGACAUAUUUUGCCUGUAUUUUUAAAUUUACUUAAUAUUAAUUGAAUUGAUAAAGUCAGGGGAAUUACUUGAGACUUUGUCACAUUUUCAAUAACACUUUAUCUAGAAUUAUUGCAAACUAAUAUGCAUUUCAAGUCUCAAACCUCUUAGAUGACUUAGAUGAAUGGCACAUUUUUUUCAAAAUCACUGAUCUCACAUUGUUUCCAAGAUGUUUUGAAUUUUCAUGAAUUAUACAAUAGAUAAAAAUAAGUAAACAUAUUUAUUUAAAAAAAUGAAAACCUAUACUAUUUUAUGGAACUUGAAUUAAAAAUCUCAUUUAUGAGUGGUAUUUGAUCAUUCUGUGCUAAAGAAUCUCCUCCUCUAGUACUUCUUUUUUUCAGCUAACCCCAAGAAGUUAUUUUUUCUCUACAUAGCUAUAGACACUUAUUCAUCUAGUGGUGAUCUAAAAAUUAUAGAAAUGUUACUUGAUUAGAUUAUUUAAAAAUCUGUUUUUUUCAGUAAUUCCCUUAACAGUUUAAUAUAUAAAUAAGAAAUAUUAUUAGUUAUGCGUAUUAUACCAUAUACAUGUAUACAUAUCAUUUUCACCUAAGCCAGUUCCAUAUUUGAAUUGUGAUUUUGUCAAAAAUGAUUGUUGAAAUUGUGCACUUAUACGAUAGAAAAUAUGUGAAAGUGAUUCCUACUGUUGCUGAAUAUUAAUUGAUUGUGUUUAUACCAUAAAUUAUUUGUAAAUAUGACAACUUGAACAAAACCAGAUUUGGAGAAAACAAUUUUAAUAUCAAUAAGUAUUUUUAUAUUUUUUUUUAUAAUACAUUUGUUCUAUCAUAUAUAUAUAUCAGACAGUAUUAAUAGCUCAAAAUGUAAAGAUGUAAUCUGUUGAAAAAUUUAUGUAUAUUAUUUGCAUAUAUAAAACCCCCGAAAAUAUAUGCUAAUCCAGAACUCGGCAGUUGGAACUUUGUAUAAACAUAUAAUUAUCUUAUUUUAUUGAUUAUUAUUUUGAUCAGUGCUUUUCAUUUUUUGGGGGAAACAAUUGCAUGAAAUGCAAUCAAAACCCUUUGUCAUUGGCUUCAUAGCUAUAUUUUCCAGGCCUCAUCUCUAUCUUUCAUAGUGCAAUGAGUUUAACUUUCUUUGGAUACUAGCCAGUGUAGCCACACCCAUGUGAAGCAAUUUAUAAAUAAAGUGUUCUCAGAUUUCAAAAUAAUUUGUAUAUGUGUAUAACCAUAAUAGACAAGAAAUUACAUAAGUUGUGUAUGGUGUAUAAAUCUAUCUGUUCUAAAAAUAGAUUCAACUACAAUUAUGGACAAAGGAAGAUUAUGCCAAUUAAAAAAUAUUAUCUAAAUGUGUUCUAUUUCUUAAUAUAGUAUGAAAUUCAAUUUAAUGUUCAUAUUGCAAAAUGAACAAAAUAUUUAACUUUCAGCGCUUACAAUCACUUUGAUUAAAACUUGAGGUUGGGUGGGGGUGCCUAAAGUGAUUAUUGUCAUACAACUUUUAGUAGAGACCGAGCAACCCCAAACAGUCAGUAAUAACUUAUGCAAUGAAGUUUCCACCAAUCACAUGUCAGCUGUUCUUACCCUCAUCUUCACAAGUCAUGGACCUUAUUUGGUUAGCAUCAAUAUUCUUGAUUAGGUCUGGGAGGUGUCAACUAACCCUGAUUUUGUCCAUAAUGAUUCAAACAAAAUUUUUUGUGAUUUGGCAAAUUUCUCAACUUGAUCUGAAUGAGAAUAUAUAUUUUGGUUAAAUCUGCACUUGUUUUUGAAACACUUGUGAAUUUUAUUUUAAGGUGCAUUGCUGAUCAUUGUCAUUCAUGGUUUAUCUGUAAUUUUAAAAGUUUAUGGAAAUAAACGAUCCAAUGACAUAUUUGAAAAUACAUUCCAGAAUCAUUGCAUAUUUUCAUUAAUGUAAAUAAGUUUAAUUUAGUUAACAAGCAUUUAACAGUAGAGCAGUCUUUACAAUUAUGUUUGUGUAGUACAUGUACACAUAUUUGUAUUAAUAUUUCAGUUUUAUAUAUUAAGAUAACAAGUGCUAGGGUGGUGAAUCCAGUGUGUAUGUGUGCAUGGUUCUCACUAAGACAAGUCCAUGAGUCCUGGACUCAUCAUUUUCAAAACUGGGGAGUCCAUAGAUGCAUUAAGAUUGUAAAAUGUUGUAUCAACUGAGAACAUAUAUCAUCAAUAUAUAACAAAACUUUAAAAAUAACUUGAUAUCAUCUCCUUGCUAUAUUUUUUUUACUGGGACUGAAAUAAUGAAUUAUAUAGCAAUAAAAUUUCAUCUUCUCACUGUUCAACUCACCAUAGCCAAAAAUGACGAAUCCCUGGACUCGCCUUCAAAAAUCAUUAGUAAGAACCCUGUGUGUUUGUGGGGGAGGUAAAAUCACUGAGAGAGAAAAAAACCAGGAUCCUCCACUGGGCUAUAUAAAAGAAACAAUAACUCAACAUAUAAGUCUAAAAUGCAUUUGUAAUUGUAAUAUGAAGUUCAAAUAUGUUCAAAAAUUUGGCCAGAUUUGGGAAAAAUUUGAACUUUAAUGUGAUUAUUUGAAACUGUAAUUAUUAUUUGUCUUCAUUCAGUGUGUACAUAGUAAUUAUUGUUUAAAGGUGCUGCAGUAUUGCUUUUAUAAGUUAUAACAGAAAUUGAAUUUUUGGAUACACGUGUACUAAAUCACAACGAAUAUAAAUGCUUUUAACAGUUUUAAACAUCACCCAUUUUAGUACAACAGUCAAAUCAUCUUAGAAAUAGAUAAACUUUCAAUAGACCACUUUCGAGUUUUGUCCUUCACUGGAAAAGUUCGUCAAUUAUGUGCGCCUUUAUGACGUCAUUUACUCGAUAGAGGGGACAUCCUGUAUCCCUGCACUAUUAAAGUUCAUAAAGCGUCUUCGUAAUCAUCAUUAUGUAGAAUAAACUAGAAAUAAUGUUUAUUCCGUAGGUACUUAAUAACAAUUACCUAAUGACAGCAGUGCUGAUUAUCAAUUAUAAGAAUUUAAUUUGCUGAAUAAUUUGUGCAUUAUAGCAUCAUAUUUUUUUCAAUCGCUCGCUCAACAUGGGAAGGAAGUUACAAUGCCCUAAACGCACGAAUGAUGUUCACUAAAAUCAAAGUUUUUGAUGGAAAUGCAAGGAACUAGAAAGUGGUCUAUUCCAUCAGCUUUCUCAAUUCACAUUUAUUUUCUGCAUUCAACUAAAUGCAGAUUUAUUGUGGAAAGGUUGUGUGCGGCUCCUAUCAUUAACACUGAAAGUGCAAUGUUUAUAUUGUUGAAAGUUGAUUUGUUAAGAAUUUUCAUUCAUGUCCAGUUUUGUAAGAUUGUACGUUAUAGGUUUUUAUAGAUAUUUUUCAUGAUUUUGAUGCUUCAACUCAGUAAUAUUACUGUGUAGCAAUAAGCACUUGAAUGAUUAAGAUCAUCAAAUACUUUCAGGGUUUUCUGGAAUGUCUAUAGUAUCUAACUAACUUUAUUACAUUUGUAAUUAACCCUGCAAAACAGUGUCUUCAAAGAUUAUUUAAGGAUAAUCAAGUGAUCUCAGAUAGAUAGAAUAUUUUUUUUAAGAGUGCUCCACAAGUUGGAAAUUCAAUUGAUGAAAGAGGGGACAUGUAUCAAUUUUUAGAGAAAUAACAGUCUUUAUAUAUAUCCAUGUACUGGAAACAUUAUUUGUUUCAAAGAUUGUCUUUUCAGAUGUUUCAUUUGUAUCCAUAAUCAUAGAAAGUAUGUGUGAAAAAUUUAUAUCUACUUUUACUAACUUAUAAAAUGGUUGUGUACUAUUAUUUUUUUUUAAUUAUUUAAAGAUAUAUUUAUUUUUAUUCAUAUUAUUCAUUUUAUGAGUUAUUGUGAUGACAUGAUAUCAAGAUGCGCAUGAAAUCUUUCCAAUAAGAAUAUUAAAAUAUUAUUAAUAGAUUUGAUUUAUUAAUUUAUUAAAUGCAUUGAAAAAUAUAUGAUGAACAAGUUUAUGUGAUACUUUUAGUUAAACCCUUUAUCUUUAAGACUUUCAACAUAAAAAUCAAUGGUCAGUAAAGCAGGCGAAGCAUUUUAGUGUUUAUGCUUGUUUUUAAAUUAAAAUGAUUGCCAAUAAACUAUAACAACCCUCAGUUUUUAUCAACCACAGAAAAGAUCAUUGUAUGAACAAAUGGUUGUUUAUACAGACCAAGAAGGAAACCAAAUUUUCGUGGAUACCUUGACUUUUGCUCAAGUAGUUAGAACUAUUAUAUAGCCUAGAAUAUAAAAAAAUUUAAUACGCUUUGUAUUAUAUGUUAAGCAAUGAACAAAUUCACCUUAAAGUGCAAGGAAAGUAACUGUUGUUAAAGACAUGUUAUCUCCCUUUAUUUUUAACAAUACCUCAUUUAAACAUCUUUCUAUAUAAUAAUUUUGCAUAUCUGUUCUUGAUUGAGUAUAUUUAUAUCAUGUUCUAACAUUUUAUCUUUAAUUUAUCAUGAAUAGCCUAUUUUAGUAGUUUUACUAUCAAAAUUUGUCUGUUUCAUCAAACUGUUUUAUUUUAUGCAUUACAAUGUAUAUGAUUUUAGUUACACUAGGUAUUUCGUUGUUUAUAUUUCACAUUCCAUUUUUGUUUUGUUAUUUCUAUAUAAAACCUGUUUUCAUCUCAUGAGGCUUCCAAUAAAAGAUAUAUCUUCA